AUGCUUUUCUCACCAGCGCUCUGUCUCGUCUCUCUGCUCCUCUUCACCUUCGUUGAACCAGGUAAGACGAUGCAAAUUCUUUUGCUUCUUUCUCUGGUAGGAUGUAUUCUGAGUUCGAUAAAGGAGCGCGUGCGAGACGCCCGGCUGCAGAAAAGCAAGCAGGAUGUCCAGAAGCUUCUGGCUUCAGGUCAUCAACCUUCCAGACAUGUGAAGGAAGCCUGGAUCCGCCAGCCGCUGGAUCACUUCAACCGACAGGACACCAAAACCUUCGCUCAGAAGUUCUUUGUGAACGAGGCUCACUGGCGGCGUCCCGAUGGACCAGUGUUUCUCUACAUCGGAGGAGAAGGGCCCCUCUUUGACUUGGAAGUUAUGGCAGGUCACCAUGUUGACGUGGCGGAGCAGCAUGGCGCUCUGUUAGUGGCUCUGGAGCAUCGUUUCUAUGGCGACAGCAUCAACCCCGAUGGCCUCAAAACAGAGAACCUGGCAGACCUGAGCAGCCAGCAAGCGCUUGCAGACUUGGCUGUUUUUCACCAAUACAUCAGUCAGAGCUUCAACCUGAGUCACAGGAACACAUGGAUCAGCUUCGGGGGCUCGUACUCUGGAGCUCUGUCCGCCUGGUUCAGAGGAAAGUUUCCCAAUCUGGUGUUUGGAGCUGUGGCCUCCUCUGCUCCAGUCAAGGCUAAGCUGGACUUCUCUGAAUACAACAAGGUUGUUGGUUUGAGUCUGCUGAAGGAGGCAGUUGGCGGUUCGGAGAAGUGUCUGGCCGAAGUACGAGAAGCGUUUUCUGCUGUGGAGGCGGCUCUGAUGGCCGGUAACACCAGCCGGGUGGCCGUAGACUUUAACUGCUGUCAGAUCCCAACAGAUCCUGACAAUCAGGUUGAACUGAUGCAAAACUUGGCUGACAUUGUGAUGGGAACCGUCCAGUACAAUGAAGAAGGGGUGUUAAUGUCUAUCAGGGAGCUCUGUGAAGUGAUGACCAACAGGAAGGAGCCAUAUGAGGAAGAAGAAGGAGCUUACAACCGUCUUGUUAAACUUGCCGAGGUCUACCUUUCCUCCAGUGAGGAGCAAUGUCUGGACAUCUCCCAUGAGAAAACAGUCAGGAAUCUAAUGGACACUACCCUUCACUCUCGGAGGAGGGCAGAGAGGCAGUGGACCUACCAGACCUGCACUGAGUUUGGCUUCUAUCAGACCUGUGAGGAUGCCGCUUGUCCAUUCUCUGGGAUGAUAACCCUGCAGGCUCAGAUUCAGCUCUGUGCUGCGGUGUUUGCUAUUUCCCAGCAUUCCCUGCCUUCGCGCAUUGCUUUCACAAAUUCCUACUACGGAGGCCGCGACCCUCACACGCACAGGGUGCUUUAUGUCAACGGUGGAGUUGACCCGUGGAAGGAGCUCUCUGUGCUCGGUGACAGAGAAGAAGCUGAGACGGUCUUCAUAGAGGACUCUGCUCACUGCGCUGACAUGCUGAGCCGGAGAGACGCAGAGCGCCUCUCCAUCAGGAAAGCCCGACAGGAGAUUGAGAAGCAUGUGGCCGGCUGGCUGGAGACGGCCGCCCAGGAGAGGAGACAGGAGGAGAAGAGAGUGGUCCGAUCGGAUCACAUUAAAGCUUGA